AUGCUUUCAGCUGGAUUUUACUAUAUCAACAAUGGGGACACAGUCAGGUGUGAUGCAUGUGGACUAGAAGUAUCUGGAUGGACAUUGGAUAUGAAACCAUUCACUAUUCAUGCACAACGAAGUCCAACAUGUGAUUUUGUUCGUUCUGUUCUUCCCGAUCAAAUUAUGUCUGUAUCAUCAACGAUGAAUCUACUUUCAACGACUUCAGCAUCAACAGAUGAUGAAAAACCGUCUAAACGUCAAAAAAUAGAAGCAACACAACAGAUUUCUGAGCCGUGUCGACUUGUCGAAAUCGAUACUCUAAAGCAAAUACGCAAACGAACAUUUUCACAUUGGCCACAUCGAACAUCACCUUCAUCUGCACAAAUGAUUGAAGCCGGAUUUUUUGGUUGCAAUGUUGGUGAUCGGGUCAUUUGUUUGUAUUGCAAUUGUAUUUUUCAGCAAUGGACUCCACACACGGACGAUCCAUGUGAAGUACAUAAAACACUAUCACCAAAGUGUCCAUAUGUCAUAGCAAUGUUAAAACGGCAGCCAACAGGUUCCAUUCUUAUUAUCAAUGAAUUUUCAAAUAAUAGUCAUUCAUUGACUUCAAACAACACUGAUGCAUUUCGGUGUAAUGAAAUUGUGUACACCGCAGCAUGUCAUACAAAUUAUAUUGAAAUUCCUAGACGUCAUGCGUCUUUUGAUACAUGGCCGAAAGAAAAUUUGCCAUCUGUUGAUGAUCUUGUAAGAGCUGGUUUCUUUUACACAGGCACUAAAACUAUUGUGACAUGCUUUUAUUGUAAUGGGUCAUUACAAAACUGGGGAGCAAACGAUAAUCCAACGAUUGAACAUGCCCGUUGGUUUCCACAUUGUGCAUAUGCUAAACAGUUAUGUGGUCCAGAGUUGCAUCGAAAGAUCCAAGAAUCGAAAAGAAUUCAACAGGAACGAGCCAAGAUCAAGGAACCGAGUAAACAACUCGGAAUAACUAGCAAUAACAUGGGUAGAGGCUCACUGAACAUAUCAGAUGAGAGUACAUUGUCAAGAUUUGUUGCUGCUCGACUUGAUUUAUUUAUUGCACAAUGUUUACUCAACCGAAUGGUCAAACUAUCCAUUAUCAAACGUUGUUAUGAAGAUCAACUUCGAAUAAAGCAUGAUGAUUUCACCGAUGAUUGUGAUGUUCUAGUAGCGUGUAUAAUUCUUCAAAAACAAAUCGAACGUAUUGAUGGUAAAAAAGAAAACAUUAUUGUACCCAGUGUAGCGAUGAACAAGAUUCGCGAAGCAGAACAAGCAGCAAUCCGUGCUUGUGAACAAGGUGCCAGUUCAUCGACUUCAGUGAAUACCACAGUUGACACUGAUGUUGAAAUGUCAACAUCAUCGGAAUCUAUUAGAAAUGAAGUAAACAAACCGGAAUUAACAAUUGUUGAUCAACAAACGAAAAAUCAAAAAUCUUCUGCUGUAGAUCCGGCUUCGCAAAGUCAAACAGAUGGUUCAUCAUUAUCUGAUCGUUGUGUUUUAUGCUUGACGGAAGAAAAGCGUCUCGCUUGCAUUCCGUGUGGUCACCUAACCACUUGCGUUCCUUGCGGUCAUUCGCUCCGCUUAUGUCCUAUAUGUCGUCGAGAAAUUGAGGCUUUUGUUCGCAUAUACCUUUAG